AUUGGGAGGGACUGCAGUGCGAAAUCUGCAGCACAGUGAGAGCGGAAGCUGCUUAUGAAUGAGUGUCAGUCUUUCGCCGUUGCUAGAUGCUCUUGAGGACAUUUUAUAUGAAUGUGUGCUUUCCGCUGCCGGGAGACAAAGAUGCUUCAUUGCUGUUGGUUUUAAGGAGACUCUGAAGCUUUUUUUUCUCCUUUUAUCCAUCUGGCUAUUUCAUUGACUUAUCUGCCUGAGAAACAUGCCGUUCAGAAUGUGUUUGUUUGAGUCGUAUAAUUCAUGCAGUUCAGCCUGGACCAGUUGCUGGGUAUUUUAAACUGGCUGUGAAUCUGUUUCUGCUUCAUUGUUGAACUGUUUGUUUUUUCCUAUUGCAGAUUCUCAACAUUUUUAGGUUUAAAACAGUAAAAUUGCUUUAGUCCUUUUAUAUAUAAUUGAUGCUCGAAUAUAAAUAGCUGUGGAAAUAACUGGUGGUAGAUUUUGGUGAGUGGUCCAGGACUGAUAUCUGCUCACAAUAUGCAAUUAUACUUGAACAUGGGCAAUAUAUUAAUGUUUCACAUAUUUCCAAUCAUACUAAAAUUUUGCAAUAUUGCUUCUCUUGAUGAUUUAUGAAGAUUUCUUUUGCAUCAUUUUGUCUAUUUUAUUUUUGUGCCAUAAGAUUUUGGCAGGCGCUUCGAUUUAGCUGUGAAUUAAAAGGAUGUUUUCAUUACAUAUUUCACUUCAUUUACUGUCAUCUAACUGAUUAGUUUAUGGUGUGUCAUCCUUUUAUCAAACUUUUAUUAGGUCGUCAGUUUUAUGGCACUGUUCAAGGCGCAAAUUCCAGCAAAAUAUGAAUGAUUAUUUCACGAAGUUACUAAGACAAUCAAGCUACCUCUCAUCCCUCAUUUCCUUUUCACAGAAAAACAAAUAAGGAGAAAAGAAUUAUGGAGAAUGAAUAUGAGACUGGGGAAUAUAAAAAUUGAUUGGUUCUAGUGUGCUGUAAGUGGGAGGUUUUUUUUUUUUCCUCUCCCUCCAACAGGAAGUGAUUUGCAGUGUUCAGCAAGCCUUUUGUUGAGAAGGUUUUCUCAGAUCAGUGAGUCAUGCUUUAGCUCUGAGCCGGCAGGCAGGCAGGCAGGCAGGCAGCAGUCAGUAGAGAGUAUUUGCUCUUCCCUUGCAGUGUCCGUGAUCAUCAACAACACAGAUCUUUUUCUGUUCUUAACUUUUUGGAUUUUGAGCUAGAAAUCAGCAGCAGCGUCACUGCUGGAAACUAAAAGCUGCACCACAACACUGGAAGCCUUUUAGAGACCUUUCCAUCCUUUUUUCCCCCUCCCUCUGCUUCAGUGUUGUUUCCAUGGAUUGUGUCUGUAUAUUUUUUCUCUGACGGAUUGGAUUGCAGCUCUGGAUUUUACAGAGAGCAGAUUGGACUUUGGCGACAACAGCAGCAGCAGCUCAACACAACCACCACUGUAACCUCAAUAGAGAAAAUUACAGUCAGGUGGCCUGUGAUUGCUAAAAAGGCGUUUGCUGCCUACCGUUGCUGCUAUGUUACAGGAGAGGGUAAUCAGCACCGCUCAGCCACGUCUGCCAGCACGCUUGUGAACGAGGCAGGCUGUGCGCGUUGGUUGGUGGAGAGAGGGGAGAGAGCAAAGAGAGAGAAGGGUAUGCUUCACCGUACCAAAUACAACCGCUUCAGAAAUGAGUCAGUAACAUCCGUCGAUGAGCUUCUUCACGGCCUGUCCAUGAACCCCAAGGUCUCGGCCACCCCCCAGUCUGCAGCUGAGACGUCUUACACACCCCCGACUGAGGUUCAGCCCUCCUCCGCCACCGCUCCUUCCAGCAACCCCACCGGCCACGGCUCUGACCACCUGGAAGAUGGAGGCACCACCCUCUGUACCCUCAUCAACAAGGUGUCCAGCCUGAAAUUCAGCAACUCCGGCAGCUUGCUCGGCAUAAAGGGUCUGCCCUCGGCCGUUAAGGACCUGGCUGUGUCAAAGCUGCAGGGGGGUGGGGGAUCAGGCUCAGGCAGCUCCAGUGGCCCGAGUCCCAGCGCAGCUACAGCGGCGGCGGCAGCCUCUGGUGUGGGUGUCUCUCUGUGCAGUUCGGCCUCCCAUUCAACCCCCUGUUCACAGCUGGAGCUAUCUGUCAGCAUGAGCAAGAAGAGCAGGCUGGAUGAGCACCAGCCCAGCGGAGAGGACUGGAAUCCAGGUGGAGGCGGUGGACUGGUGAGCAAACCCUCCAAAGGAUGGCUACACUCAAACGAGAAGAUCUCUGGUCCCGGAGUCACAUACAUUGUAAAGUAUCUGGGCUGUAUAGAAGUCCUUAGGUCGAUGAGAUCCCUGGAUUUCACUACAAGGUCACAAAUAACAAGGGAAGCCAUCAGCCUGGUGUGUGAGGCUGUUCCAGGGACCAAAGGAGCUCUGCGGAAGAGAAAGCCACCAUCCAAAGCUCUGUCCAGUAUUUUGGGGAAGAGCAAUCUGCAGUUUGCCGGCAUGUCCAUCAACCUAAACAUCUCCACAAGUAGCCUCAACCUGAUGACCCCUGACUGCAAACAGAUUAUAGCCAACCAUCACAUGCAGUCCAUCUCCUUUGCAUCAGGUGGAGACCCUGAUACAACAGAUUAUGUUGCCUAUGUAGCAAAGGACCCAGUUAACAGAAGAGCAUGCCACAUCUUGGAGUGCUCUGAUGGACUAGCCCAGGACGUCAUCAGUACCAUCGGCCAGGCCUUUGACCUUCGCUUCCAGCAGUACCUGCAGUGUCCCUCAAGCAAGCUGUCCUCCACACAUGACAGGGUAUUAAACAUGGAGGAGUUACCUUGGACAGAGGAAGAGGAGGAGUCAGCAGAGCACCCUUACUAUAACAACAUCCCCGGGAAGAUGCCUCCCCCUGGAGGCUUCAUUGACACCAGGCUGACCAAUCAAAAUGCAGAUGGUUGCCAGAUGGGUCCAGGAUCUGUCGAUCAGACAUAUUACCAAGGGCGGCAAAGCUGGGGAGAUGAAAGAAAGACUUUCUUCAUGCAACAGGGAUCAUUUGAUAUAAGUGGACUCCCAGAGACUAAAGGUCAAGUACCAAAUGCAGAGGAAAUGCCCACCUAUGUGAACACCCAGCAGAUCGAUGCCCAGGUGCUCGCAGCUCUCCAGGCAGAGGCUGAAAAUGUGACAAAGGGCAUGGCAGCUGCAGCCAAAGAGAGCCCACAGAAGGACCUGUUUGAUAUGAAGCCCUUCGAAGAUGCCAUCCAGUCCCAGUCCCAGCCGCUGUCUCAGGGACAGGUCCAGUCCCAGGUAUCCGGUCUUCACAAGGCAGCAUCCGUGGACAACUCGAGCCCUCUGCUUGUGCGCUCUCUGGCCUUUCGGGCUCAGGAGGAGCUGGAGGGCCAAAUGUGGUACCACGGUAAAAUGAGUCGCCGCGAUGCUGAGAAACUUCUGAAAAAUGACGGGGACUUUCUCGUCCGUAAGAGCACUACCAACCCAGGGUCCUACGUACUGACAGGCAUGCACAAUGGAAUUGCCAAACACCUACUGCUGGUGGACCCUGAAGGCACGGUACGGACAAAAGAUCACAUAUUUGACAGCAUUAGCCACCUUAUUGGCCAUCACCGUGACAACAACCUGCCGAUUGUUUCAGCCGGGAGUGAACUGUGUCUCCUACAGCCUGUGGGAAGGAAACAGUGAUGCUUGCGAUGCCUGACCGAUAAUAGGAAGCGCUACAAUGGCCUCUCACUAUGGAGCUUGAAGAUGAAACACGAGUCGAUGCUUCAAGGCUCCGUUCGCUCAAAGAGUUAUUGAGACAAACUGAUCUGCAGUUACUUAACCGGAGACGCUGGAAGAUGCAGGAGUUGUUAAAGAUGAAAAAAACAAAAGAGAACUGUUAUUAUUUUGUCGUGAUGACUGAAAUGCUAUAUUUUUGAGAAGACUUAGGUGCAUUUGGACACAAUAUCUCGAUUUGGUGUUUUAAAAGAUUAAGAAAAAGACUAUUGUUCUUGUAGUUUAGACAAAGCGCAAAUCAAACCUCAAAGAGGUAUUAACAAGAGUAUUUUAGAAUAAAAAUCUGAAACUUUAGUUUUGUCUGUCAAGCACAACCACAUUUCUACAGGAACCGUCGGCUAAGAGGUUGAGGAAACGGAAACGCUCUUUAUAACGAAAUUACGUUCGGAAAAACGUCCUUUAAUCUCACCAACAGUGUGACAGCUUAUUCGAUUAGUCACUAUAAGAAAAACCUAGCUUUUAUUGGGGUUCAGGCCUGAAUGUGUUUUUUUUUUUCUUUUCUUUUGCUUUGCAGUUGUCACAAAUUGUUGGGUAGGGGGAGGGGGUGCAAACAGCCACCCUUUCACAGUGCUGUCAAUGGCUUUAACGAUAAAGUUUUUUAUGAAGUAUUUUCUCGUGUCACUGCAGUCGCAUGACUUAAAAUCAACCGUUCUCGUGGCCAUGUUCGUAGACCUUGAUACCCCUUUAUUUGAAAGAGGUGCUUAUGUAUGCUGACACUGUAAAAAAAAUUAAAAAAGACAAAAAAUAUAUGCUUUUCAAACUAUUUCCGAAUUGGUUUUUCGCUGAAUUCUUUUAGGUGUAUAGUCGGUGAUUAGUUUUGGGGCUUGCAAUGGAUAUUCUCACAUCUUUGAUUCACAUUUUCAGCUUUUUGUGAACCUUUAAAAUCUUAAAUAUUAUUAUUACUAUUAUUAUUUGAAGGAUCUGAAACGAAUAGCACAAAACAAAGUUAGGUCACUUAGUUCACGCGUGUCAGACGAGUGUCUUGCGUUUACGCCGAAUGUUUAAAAUGCUUUCGAUCGUUUUCAGUUACUGAUGUUAGCUUUUGAUUUCUCAGCGUGUCGACGUCUUAUGAUAAAAACAGCUUUGCCACAAGAUGUCACCCUAGAGUUGGAUAGUUACCCCUGUCAGUUACAUGUGCUUUGGAUAACUGCGUUUGAAAGGAAAAUACAGCUUUUAAGCCAGUUUUUAACCAUUAAUUUUCAGUUUGCAAUCCACUGUACGCUCUCAUUCCUCUGGACAGUUUAGUAUUUAUGUUGUUUUUAAAAAGCUCAUAGAAGUGGUACACAGCAGCACUGGAAACUGACUUUUUUUUCUUUUUUUUUUAAUGCUCUUAUCCUUACUAUUGUCAGGACACCGAUGGAUACCAAAUGAAUGGGGCAUUGUAUUUGAUAUGCACUGGAUCACUUCAGUUGAACUCAAAUCAGCAUGUGUUCAAUGAGUUUGACAAGACAGAUGCAAUGUAAUAUAAUGUGCCUGUGUUUUGCUGCAAGAGGGAGUGUACAGUACAUGCAUCUCACAACCCACAGCACUGGGGUCCUUGUGAAAAUUUAAAAAACAAAACAAAAAAAAACCAUCCACCACAUCCGUUUUGGGUUAAUGUGUUUGAUUCAUUGUGUCCCAAUGGAGAAGGACACAAAGAGAAUUUUGUCAUUUACUUUUGCAUUCUCCACUUCUUUGCGACAUAAUUUCAUCAAAUCAAAUAACUCUGAAGAAAGAAUAAUGUGCUAAAUUAUUUAAAAGCACUCUGCUAAUGUAAAAAAAAAGAAGCUUUAUUUCUAAAAUCUGAAUUUGUAGGAACACUUUGGGAAAAUGUGCAAAAUUCCAAACAAACAAAGCGUAUAUCAAAAGCAACCGUACUCGAAUCUCGCCGAGGAUCAGCUUUGAGACUUAAAGAAAUGACCAAACUCCUCACUGGGACAAAAAACUAAGAACAUGGCGUCUUUCCAGAUUUCUGUUGAUGAAAAUGUGCCUUUUAUUUGUACAACGUUUGUUUUUAAUUUCUCCUUUCUCUCUUCCUUCAAAGUGCAAUAGCUGAUCUUCAAUGGGGCAUGCCUGUUCACUAGAGGUUGUGUUUUUGCCCUGCUGCGUGUUGCUGCUUGAGACUACUGUUCCCUCUCACUAUCUGUCCCCCACCCUCCCUCCCUCUCUAUUAUAUAUUAUAAAUGUAUCAUUUUGAGAUUCUAAAUAUAAAUCUUUGUCAGAGGAAAUCACACAGAAACUCACUAUUUUGGGACAGGUAUUUAAAAAAAACUGGGGGGAAAAAAGGAAAUAAAAACAUAGAGACAACAAGUCCAAAUGAUGUUUACAGAUUUAAUCUUUUGGUUGUAUUAGUUAAUCAUUAUUCUGUAUGACUGUUGGCAAUAAAACCGUGAAUGUGUAGAA